UUAAAGGGGAAAUGGAUGUGCUCACCUUUGGUGUGAUAGUGGCCAUUAUUGUUCUUUUUCUUGCUGCAAUUUGUUUCAUUAGCAUUGAAGGCACUUGCAUACGCACUCCUUCCGCUUCUUCUUCUGGUUAAGAGGUUUCUUGAUUAAACCCUGUAACCCUUUUGUCUCUUUCUCCACUCUCUUCUUGUUUUUGUGCUUCUGAGAAGCUUUGGAAGAUGUUGGUCUCGUCCGAACAGAGAUUAGCAGUGUUGCUUCUAAUUUGGGUCUUGGGACUGAGGAUCUGCUUAGGGCAUGGAGAGGAAUCUGGAUCUUGUCCUUUCAGCAGACCUGAGCCUCACCAACAUCAUCACUGCGACCACGGCCAUCAUGGUCACGAACAUCAUCAUCAUCAACACCACCACCACCAUCAUGAGCAUCAUAUGGGUCUAUCGGAGAGCAAGCUUGCGGAGGAACUGGCAGAGGAAGAGGAUCUCAAAUUGUAUGGGUUCGGAUCCCACCAUGGCCACCACGAUCACCACCAUGACCACGACCACGACGACAACCACCACCACGGUCAUGAUCAUCUUGAUUCAGAACUCUCGAACCUCGGUUUGUGGAUCCAAGCGAUGGGCUGCUCACUCUUGGUGAGCCUGGCUUCCCUCGUUUGCCUGAUUAUUUUGCCGGUGAUCUUUUUACAAGGAAAACCAUCCAAGGUAGUUGUUGAUUCAUUGGCUGCAUUUGGGGCUGGGGCUAUGCUGGGGGAUGCCUUUCUUCAUCAGUUACCUCAUGCUUUUGGUGGCGAGCACUCUCAUUCACAUGACCACCAUGUGGAUCAUACCCAUGAUCAUUUUCAUCAUCUUGGGCAUGUCGAUUCACAUUCGCAUUCUCUAAAAGACCUUUCUGUUGGAUUGUCCAUUCUUUCUGGAAUUGUUCUUUUUCUUCUGGUAGAGAAGGUUGUGAGGUAUGUUGAAGCUUAUUCUGGAAAUGGAGUGAAAGCAUGGGGUCAUGGUCAUCACCACCAUCACCAUAAGAACAGUAAGAAGUCAGAUGACAUUGAUGUUCAUGAUAGCCAUACGUUGCAGUCUGUUGAUGAAAAGGAUGGGAAUGUAACAGAAAAGUUAUCGAACGAAAAAGUAUUAGAUGGAGUCUCUGAUAACAACUCAAAUGAAGAAAACUAUGCUCAGCAUGAAUCUCUUCUUCGUAAGAGAACCACAACUACGGUUGCCAGUGAUGAUGGUAAACCAGGUUUUGAUGCUGCAAAUGGCUCAGCUAAUAAAUUGACUCCCUCCACUGAAAAAGGGCUUACUUCGUCUCCCUCAAAUUUAGUGUUUGGUUAUCUGAAUCUCUUCUCUGAUGGUGUUCACAAUUUCACUGAUGGCAUGGCUCUAGGAAGUGCUUUCCUGCUUAAUGGUACUAUUGGUGGAUGGUCUCGGACAUUAUUUCUGCUCGCACAUGAGCUUCCUCAAGAGGUUGGUGACUUUGGAAUCUUGGUGAGGUCAGGUUUCAGUGUCUCGAAAGCCCUCUUUUUCAACUUCUUGUCCGCACUUGUGGCUUUGGCAGGAACUGCAUUGGCUUUGCUCAUUGGACGAGAUCCAGGACAAUCUUCAUUGAUUGAGGGAUUUACUGCUGGUGGGUUCAUCUACAUCGCUGUUGCUGGUGUUCUCCCAGAAAUGAAUAGUGGGAACUCCACAUUUAAAAGUUCAGCAAUCCAACUGACCUCACUAAUUAUGGGCAUGGCAGUUGCACUCUGUAUUUCCCUUGUGGAGUGAAAGUGCAUUCACACCACCAGUUUCUGUAAUCUAGAUAUAAGUGUCAAUCAAUUUUUUUUCUUCUAUUU